AUGUCCAACCAGAACAUGUACCAAGCCAGCGACGGCAAGUGGUACCCAGUGCAGCACAUGCCCCAGGGUUACCAGCAGCAGCCUCAGUACGGCCAGCAGCCCCAGAUGCAGUACGGCCAGCAGCAGCAGCAGCCCAUCUACGUCCAGCAGCAGCCCCAGAGCAGUGGUGCUGGUGGUGCUGGAGCAGGUCUCGGCUGUCUCGCCGGUCUCUGCGCUGCAUGCCUCUGUGUCGACUGCCUGUUCUAA